CAACACAGACGGGCGAAAAACCAAGAGAUUGUUUAUUUCAUCGAUUUAUAUUAACUUCUGAUGAAGUCUCGUGACCCAUCAGUAAGUCGUGAAUACGAACAUAACAGAUGGACGUAAGUCAUUAAUUAUAUGACUCAUAUUAAUCGACGUUUUUGACGACAAAAAGCUGUGACAAGAAUUUACGAACAACACUAAAGUCAUACGUUGCUCGAGAAAAGACAUCGAGGAUGCCGGACGAAAAGAAUACGAGCUUUCCUUCGCGGAAAACGAAGUUGGAGAAAAUCCUUUUGGCUUCCGUUGCUGUUCUGUGUGCAACCAUUGGAUUCCUGGUAUACCUAUACUUGAUGCAAACUCAAGAAGCUUGCGAAAAUACUGCUGGUGACCACACGAAUAAAAGUCCGGAAAUAUGCACGGAUUCAAACUGUGUUGUAAACGCUGCAAAUCUAAUGAAAAAUAUGGACCCUACGGUGGAUCCUUGCGAUGAUUUCUACAGUUAUGCCUGUGGGAAAUACGACAAAACAACGCCAAUACCAGCACAUCUGGACUCGAUCCACGUUCUGAGACAACUCCAAGAGGCUAAUACAGAAGUUCUUAAGAGUAUCAUUGAGGAUAGCAAAGUUAGAUCACAAUAUGCAAAGAACCCAUCUGUUUCCAAGUUAUUCCAAGCGUACGACAUGUGCUUGACCCAUGGUAAAUUUGAUGACAAGGCUUUAUCGACGUUCCGGGAAUUUAUAAAACGUCUUGGAAACAGCAAUAUCACAUCGAAUGAAUGGGAUGAAAAAAAUUACGAUGUUUUUGAUGCUAUGGUCAUCGGCACUCGUCUUAAAAUGCAUUUCUUCUUCACCACUGAAGUCUGGAUUAACCCAAAAAAUAGCUCGGAACACGUUUUUGCUAUUUUCGAGCCAAGGUUAGCACUAAACACUAUUCUAGAUCUUCCGAAGAAGACGACAAAGAAAGAACUGAUAAGACAGUCCUACAGAGAACACAUGAUCUCAUUGCUGAGGUGGGUAUCAACAAAUCCAAGCGAAGUCCCGAGAGCAGUUGACGAAAUUUUAAGACUUGAAAGACGUAUUGCCAAGAUUCUCACAAGAUUCAAUUCAAAAGAAGAGUCGACAUUUACCAUUGCCGAGUUUUCAAAAUUUACAAAGUUUGAAUGGCUUUCCUUUCUUCAAAACUUGACAAGUGGUAUCGAACACCGACCAACUGAAGACGAUAUUCUAUUAGUAGUGAGAUGUAAAUACAUUUUAAAGCAUAUCAUUCGUGUGAUCAAAACGACGGAGAAACGCAUUAUUUCCAAUUUCAUUGCGUGGAAAGUACUUCAGGAGAGCAUUCCCGCCUUACCAAGCAUGCUCGGCGAACUUACUAAAAAAUUUCAGAAUGAUAUUCGGGACAGACCGGUAGAAAAGCAGAGAUGGCAAACAUGUAUCGAAAUGUUGAGCGAAUCAUUUAAAAAGGUGCUGAGUUAUCUGUAUGUUGAACGAAAGUUUAGCGAAGAUUCAAGGAACAAGGCAUUUCAGAUAUUUGCUGAAAUACGAAGAGAAUUUGUGGACAGCUUGAAAAACGAAACGUGGAUGGAUGAAAGGACAAAGAUGGCGGCAGCAGAAAAGGCAAGGGCGAUUAAUUUUCUUGUCGGGUACUCUGACGAAACGAAUCGUAUUCAAGAAAUUAAUACUGCUUUUGAAAAGUUAAAAGUAAACAAAACCAAUUUCUUCGAAACCUUUUUGAACCAGCGACGUUUUGGGGUUGAGAAAGAUUUGAGAAAACUUCUUCAUCCUGUCAACGAGAACAGUUUCGACAAGCUAACUUCUCACGCCAAUGCAUAUUAUUCAAGAUACGAAAAUAAGAUAUCGUUCUUGGCGGGGAUUCUUCAACGUCCGAUCUACGACAGCAGGAAUAGCAGAGCUUCAAAUUAUGGAUCACUUGGUAUGAUUGUUGGACAUGAAUUGACGCACGCGUUUGAUAUCAGAGGUCACAAGUACGACAAGAAUGGAAAUCUGAGAGACUGGUGGUCGCCACUUUCCUUAAAAAACUUUAAAGAAAAAACGACGUGCUUCACGGAGCAGUACAAUAAGUUCACACUCCUAGGAGAAAGCAUACGAGGGUUCAAAACUCUGGGGGAAAAUAUUGCUGAUAACGGUGGACUGAAGUUGGCUUUCAAUGCAUUUAAAAGAGACGAGAAGAAAAACAGCAAGGAUCUGAAACUUCCUGGCCUCAACCUAACAAACGACCAAGUGUUCUUUUUAUCAUUUGCCCAGGUCUGGUGCUCAAAAUAUACAAAACACUGGAUACAAAACAGCAUCGAUAAUCGUGUGCCUAUGAUGUUCAGAGUCACUGGGCCGUUGUGCAAUUCAGUGGAAUUCUCAAAGGCAUAUCGUUGUCCCGUUGGCUCGCAAAUGAAUCCAGUUCGAAAGUGUGCUCUUUGGUGACUGGUGACGAAUAAGGUUGAACUACAUUGCUAGUCAAUUGUGAAAAUAGAGGGGGGGGUAUUGGAUAUUAUAUAACUUACAAAUUGCUUUAGAAGCUAAAUAACAAUUUUUGCGAUACAUAGCAAGUCUAAGUUAAUCGUUUUUUAAACCCUUAAAGAGUAUACAAAAGAAUUGGGCAUUAGUCUGUGCAUGUCUCAUUCGAUCCCCUGCGGAAUUUCUGCGUGCAAAUUGUCUGCUGUAAAUACUGCACCUAUCAUGAACGAAAAGCGUUUAAAAAUCAAUAGAUACUUCUCAGAAAAACUUCAUUAUCUGACAUUCUACACUUGAAAAGGGCGCAACGCUUCAAAAAUAUAUAAUUUCGUAUCGUUUACUAUUAA